UUGUUGCAGAUGGCGAGUGUCGCUCUACAAUAGUUGUUGCUAUUAAAUUUGUAAUUAAAUUUUAUAAAAUUGCUGAAAUUUUCACUUACAAAACUAGAAAUCAAUUAUAUUUAUUCAACAACAAAGUGCAACAACUAAAAUAAACAAAACAACCGGGCGAUUACGUAUGCAAAAUGUCGCUGACCACUCGGCGUGUAAUCACAUUGUUGGCGCUUAUCAACGCCUCGUGCCAGAUGCUAAGUGUAAGCGCGAAGUCGAAUGAUGAAAUAAAGAAUGUUUUAAUACUGCUAGCGGAUGACGCAGGUUUCGAGUCGGGCGCUUACUUAAACAAGUUCUGUCAGACACCGAAUCUGGACGCAUUGGCUGAGCGCGGCUUGCUGUUCAAUAAUGCUUUCACCUCGGUGAGCAGCUGUUCGCCCAGCCGCGCACAACUCUUAACCGGUCAGGCGAGUCACAGUAGCGGCAUGUAUGGACUGCACCAGGGCGUGCAUAACUUCAAUGUGUUGCCCGGCACCACAUCGCUGCCGAAUGUGCUGCGCGAAAAGUCCCAGGGACGGAUACUUAGCGGCAUCAUUGGUAAGAAACAUGUUGGCGCUAGCGCUAAUUUCCAAUUUGACUUUGAGCAGACCGAGGAGCAGCAUUCAAUCAAUCAAAUUGGACGCAACAUAACGAGAAUUAGACAUUACGCGCGUGAUUUCUUUGCUAAGGCGAGCGCGGAGGCGCGUCCGUUCUUCUUGCUUGUCGGCUUUCACGAUCCACAUCGUUGUGGACAUAUAACGCCGCAAUAUGGCGAGUUCUGUGAGCGUUGGGGUUCCGGUGAGGAGGGUAUGGGCAUUAUACCCGAUUGGAAACCGAUUUACUAUGAUUGGCGCAACUUGGAAGUGCCGCCACAUUUGCCGGACACAGAUGUGGUGCGUCAGGAGCUGGCUGCGCAGUAUAUGACCACAUCGCGCUUGGAUCAAGGUGUGGGCGUCGUGCUGAAAGAGCUUGCAGCGCAUGGAUUUGACGCAAAUACGUUAGUUAUUUACACCUCAGAUAACGGACCACCAUUCCCAGGUGGACGUACGAAUUUUUACGAGCAUGGCGUGCGUGAACCAAUGAUUAUUGCUUCGCCAACCGCCCAGGCGCGCCGUCAUGAGACCACUGGCGCUAUGUCUAGUCUACUGGAUGUCUUCAAUACAGUGCUGGAUGCUUUCCACUAUUAUACACCCACGGCAAAUACGACCAAGGAUGAUGCUACGAAAUCGUUAUUGCCAAUACUUUACAAAGAACCGCAACCGGUUGAAAGUGAUGCAGUAUUUGGUAGUCAGAAUUUCCAUGAGGUCACAAUGACCUAUCCAAUGCGCAUGAUACGCACGCGCCGUUAUAAACUAAUACACAAUUUAAACUUUUGGUCAUACUUCCCCAUCGAUCAAGAUCUAUACACAUCGCCCUCCUUUCAGCAUCUUUUAAACGCGACGAUCGCCAAGCAAUCAUAUCCAUGGUAUAAGACGCUGCUAUCCUAUUACGAAAGACCGGAAUGGGAGUUGUACGACAUUAAAGCGGAUCCCUUGGAGCGCUACAAUUUAUUCGGUAAAUCCAAAUAUGAGCGCGUUUUCGAGGAGUUAAGUGCUCGUUUGUUUAAGUGGCAAGUGAAUACGGCGGAUCCUUGGCGUUGUGCGCCGCAUGCGGUUCUAGAGGCACAGGGUGUGUACAGAGACAGUCCAGUAUGUUUGACACUCGGGCAUGAGGCUUUACGUCGCCCACUCACACAAUAUGAGAAGUAUGAGUUGCUGUAAUCAUAUUUAUGAAGUUACUGAGAAGUCAUAUUAUAUUUAACUACUUCUUAUAUCAUAAUAUAUUUAUAGAAAUGUCAUAUCAUUAAAAAAAAAUUAUGUA